AUGUAUUUUAUUUUGAAAUCUCUUCACCUGAUUGUGAUUCUCGAGUGUUUGGAGGCCGUGUAUACAAGUCUGAUUCAGUCUGAUUCUGAGCUACCUGCAUCUGAUCAUCCAUUACGAAAAAUUAGGGCCAAGCCGGUGAUCGAAACCGGGACCUCUCGCACCCAAAGCGAGAAUCAUACCACUAGACCACUUGGCCGUGCUGAGACCAUCCGCGGAUGUCAGAAACGUGAGUCGGAAUGGAGAGAAAUCAUGGAGGAGAUUGCGAUGGUGUCGUAA